GCCUCGUACGGCGCCAGCAGCUUUCUUUUGUCAUCUGCCUUGGAAUACAGAAUAUUCAUUUAACCCUAUUUUUCUGCUAUUCUGCAACUCACGCAUAUACUCGAUUGACGAACACGCGACACCAUUCUCACCUCCCGCUACGUCGGGGCUUAAAGCUCGCUGCUAUAUCCCUUAUCUAAUCUGCCCAGCUCUCCGCCGCAACAUUUGAACUUUGGCGAACUGGGCCUCUCUGUCAAUCUCUUGCUUGAGCUCCAUUGACAUCUUGUCUCAAGCUCCGCUGGCAUCUUCUUUCUUUUGAGAGCAGUAGCUCUACUGCGUAUAUUCCGUCCUAGCGGCUUAAUUACACAAAGACGUAAUGCGCGUUCACGGAAGCCUAGAAAAAGACACCGAGGCAAACCAGGCCGCGUGGGAAGCGGUGCAUGGUGCCGUCGUUGGUGCCGCGAGGUGGGGAAUCUGCAGCGCAGUAGUGGGUGCCGCAGGAUUUGCUUUUUCGCCGAUAUAUCGUGGUCUGACUGUGCAAUUCAAAAUAUUUCUUCAAAUGUCCGGAAUGACAGUAGGCUCCAUGAUUGAAGCGGAUCGACGGCUACGCGCCUAUGAAACGACAGUCCGACAGCAGAAGCGUUUGGCAAGACAUUUGGCUACCGAAGAAUUAUCGCGAUGAUUCUGUCGAAUAAAUAUCUCUCCACAUGCUUUCGUCUUCCGUUUUCCGUCAUUCGUCUACACAGCUUCUUCAUCAAAAGCGCUUUUUCAAUGUACAUUUUUUGUUUACGAAGUACAACUGUAUAUUUGACAACAAUAUAGCCAGGAGGGGGGGUUGAUAGGGCGUAUAGGGCGCAGGACACAGGGCGCAGGGCGCAAGUCAUAGGGCGCAGAGAGUUGU